CCAGCGAACUGACACAGGAGAGAAACCGUACCACUGCUCUGACUGUGGGAAGAGUUUCAGUAGGUCAGGAGACAUGAAAGCACACCAGCGAAUUCACACAGGAGAGAAACCGUAUUCCUGCACUCGCUGUGGGAAGAGUUUCAGUCAGUCAAACAACCUUGUUUCACACCAGAGAAUUCACACAGGAGGGAAAACAUAUUGUUGCUCUGACUGUGGAAAGACUUUCAGCUAUUCAAACAGCCUUGUUGUCCACCAGCGAAUUCACACAGGAGAGAAACCGUAUCGCUGCUCUGACUGUGGGAAGAGUUUCAGUCAGUCAGCCAGCCUUAAAACACACCAGCGAAUUCACACAAGAGAGAAACCGUAUCACUGCUCUGACUGUGGGAAGAGUUUCGGUUGGGCAGGAACCCUGAAAGCACACCAGCGAAUUCACACAAGAGAGGAACCGUAUCACUGCUCUGACUGUGGGAAGAGUUUCAGUUAUUCAGGAAACCUGAGAAUACACCAGCAAAUUCACACAGGAGAGAAACAGUACCACUGCUUUGACUGUGGGAAGAGUUUCCGUCUUAAACAAGGCCUUCAGAAACACCAACGAAUUCACACAGGAGAGAAACCGUAUCGCUGCUCUGACUGUGGGAAGAGUUUCAGUCAGUCAGCCAGCCUUAAAACACACCAGCGAAUUCACACAAGAGAGAAACCGUAUCACUGCUCUGACUGUGGGAAGAGUUUCGGUUGGGCAGGAACCCUGAAAGCACACCAGCGAAUUCACACAAGAGAGAAACCGUAUCACUGCUCUGACUGUGGGAAGAGUUUCGGUUGGGCAGGAACCCUGAAAGCACACCAGCGAAUUCACACAAGAGAGAAACCGUAUCGCUGCUCUGACUGUAGGAAGAGUUUCAGUUAUUCAGGAAACCUGAAAACACACCAGCGAAUUCACACAGGAGAGAAACCGUAUCGCUGCUCUGACUGUGGGAAGAGUUUCCGUCUUAAACAAGGCCUUCAGAAACACCAGCAAAUCCACAGAAACAGAAUCCCGUGUGCUGCCAUGGACAGUGUGAAGAUGGAAUCUGUCCAGAUUAAAGAGGAGUUCCCUGAACUUGAACUGGUCCCCAUUAGAGUGGAGUUCUCUGGGCUGGCUUCCCUCCCCAUUAAACAGGAGCUCUGUGAGAUGCAAUGUGACAGCAGUCAGCCAGAGGUCUCUGACAUUAAAGCUGAGCACAUUGAAUUGGAGAUCCCCCAUACAGAAGAACCCCUUCCUGUUAAACAAGAAGAGGUGCUGGAAACUGUCCGUAUUAAAUGGGAGCCCCUUGAAGUAGAGUUUGAGCACAUGGAACCAGUGAAGGAAGAAUCUGAGGACUUCAAACCAAACAUCCCUGAGCAGGAGCCUGUACGCCUGCGGGAGUGUAGCGUGGUGCUGGAGAGAAUCUGCGUGAGAGAGCAAGGCGCUGGAGAGGAAGGCUCUCCCAACAGCAUGCAAGGAGGUGGAAAGGAAGACGGACGCUCCCAUUCAGAAUGCAGUCUAGCAGGUUCCAGUCCAGCAGCUAAAGCGAGGGCGGGCGCUGGAGAAUAUCCUGACUGUGGGAAAGGUUUCACCCAGUUAGAGCAUUUUAAAACACACCAGCGAACUCACACAGGAGAGAAACCGUAUCACUGUUCUGACUGUGGGAAGAGUUUUAGUAGGUCAGGAAACAUGAAAGCACACCAGCGAAUUCACACAGGAGAAAAAACGUAUUGCUGCUCUGACUGUGGGAAGAGUUUCAGUCAGUCCGGACACCUUGUUUCACACCAGCAAAUUCACACAGGUGAGAAACCGUAUCGCUGCUCUGACUGUGGGAAGAGUUUCAUUAGGUCAAGAGACAUGAAAACACACCAGCAAAUUCACACAGGAGAGAAACCGUAUCGCUGCUCUGACUGUGGGAAGAGUUUCAGUUACUCAGGAGACAUGAAAAAACACCAGCGAAUUCACACAGGAGAGAAACCAUAUUCCUGCUCUGACUGUGGGAAGAGUUUCAGUCAGUCCGGACACCUUGUUUCGCACCAGCAAAUUCACACAGGAGAGAAACCGUAUCGCUGCUCUGACUGUGGGAAGAGUUUCAGUUACUCAGGAGACAUGAAAAAACACCAGCGAAUUCACACAGGAGAGAAACCAUAUUCCUGCUCUGACUGUGGGAAGAGUUUCAGUCAGUCCGGACACCUUGUUUCACACCAGCGAAUUCACACAGGAGAGAAACCGUAUCGCUGCUCUGACUGUGGGAAGAGUUUCAGUUACUCAGGAGACAUGAAAAAACACCAGCGAAUUCACACAGGAGAGAAACCAUAUCACUGUUCUGACUGUGGGAAGAGUUUCAGUCAUUCAAACAACCUUGUUUCGCACCAGCGAAUUCACACAGGAGAGAAACCGUAUCACUGCUCUGACUGUGGGAAGAGUUUCAGUUACUCAGGAGACAUGAAAAAACACCAGCGAAUUCACACAGGAGAGAAACCAUAUUCCUGCUCUGACUGUGGGAAGAGUUUCAGUCAUUCAAACAACCUUGUUUCGCACCAGCGAAUUCACACAGGAGAGAAACCGUAUCGCUGCUCUGACUGUGGGAAAAGGUUCCAUCUUAAACAAGGACUUCAAAAACACCAGCGAAUUCACAGAAGAGAGAAACCGCUAUUAAACAGAAUCCCUUGUGCUGCCAUGGACAGUGUGAAGAUGGAAUCUGUCCAGAUUAAAGAGGAGUUCCUUGACCUUGUCCCCAUUAGAGUGGAGUUCUCUGGGCUGGCUUCCCUCCCCAUUAAACAGGAGCUCUGUGAGAUGCAAUGUGACAGCAGUCAGCCAGAGGUCUCUGACAUUAAAGCUGAGCACAAUGAAUUGGAGAUCCCCCAGACAGAAGAACCCCUUCGUGUUAAACAAGAAGAGGUGCUGGAAACUGUCUGUAUUAAACAUGAGCCCCCUGAAGUAGAGUUUGAGCACAUGGAACCAGGGAAGGAAGAAUCCGAGGACUUCAAACCAAACAUCCCUGAGCUGGAGCGUGUACGCCUGCGGGAGUGUAGCGUGGUGCUGGAGAGAAUCUGCGUGAGAGAGCAAGGCGCUGGAGAGGAAGGCUCUCCCAACAGCAUGCAAGGAGGUGGAAAGGAAGACGGGCGCUCCCAUUCAGAAUGCAGUCUAGCAGGUUCCAGUCCAGCAGCUAAAGUGAGGACGGGCGCUGGAGAAUAUCCUGACUGUGGGAAAGGUUUCACCCAGUUAGAGCAUUUAAAAAUACCCCAGAGAGCUGACACAGGAGAGAAACCGUACCACUGCUCUGACUGUGGGAAGAGUUUCAUUAGGCCAGGAGACAUGAAAGCACACCAGCGAAUUCACACAGGAGAGAAACCGUAUUCCUGCUCUCGCUGUGGGAAGAGUUUCAGUCAGUCAAACAACCUUGUUUCACACCAGCGAAUUCACACAGGAGAGAAACCGUAUUCCUGCUCUGACUGUGGGAAGAGUUUCAGUCAGUCAAACAACCUUGUUUCACACCAGCGAAUUCACACAGGAGAGAAACUGUAUCGCUGCUCUGAUUGUGGGAAGAGUUUCAGUCGGGCAGGAACCCUGAAAGCACACCAGCAAAUUCACACAGGAGGGAAAACAUAUUGUUGCUCUGACUGUGGAAAGAGUUUCAGUCAUUCAAACAGCCUUGUUUUCCACCAGCGAAUUCACACAGGAGAGAAACCGUAUCACUGCUCUGACUGUGGGAAGAGUUUCAGUGUUUCAGGACAACUGACAACACACCAGCGAAUUCACACAGGAGAUCAACCGUAUCGCUGCUCUGACUGUGGAAAGAGUUUCAGUUAUUCAGGAAACCUGAAAACACACCAGCGAAUUCACACAGGAGAGAAACAGUACCACUGCUUUGACUGUGGGAAGAGUUUCCGUCUUAAACAAGGACUUCAAAAACACCAGCGUACUCACACAGGAGAUCAACCGUAUCGCUGCUCUGACUGUGGAAAGAGUUUCAGUCAGUCAGCCAGCCUUAAAACACACCAGCGAAUUCACACAGGAGAGAAACCGUAUCACUGCUCUGACUGUGGGAAGAGUUUCAGUUAUUCAGGAAACCUGAAAACACACCAGCGAAUUCACACAGGAGAGAAACAGUACCACUGCUUUGACUGUGGGAAGAGUUUCCGUCUUAAACAAGGACUUCAAAAACACCAGCGUACUCACACAGGAGAUCAACCGUAUCGCUGCUCUGACUGUGGAAAGAGUUUCAGUCAGUCAGCCAGCCUUAAAACACACCAGCGAAUUCACACAGGAGAGAAACCGUAUCACUGCUCUGACUGUGGGAAGAGUUUCAGUUAUUCAGGAAACCUGAAAACACACCAGCGAAUUCACACAGGAGAGAAACAGUACCACUGCUUUGACUGUGGGAAGAGUUUCCGUCUUAAACAAGGACUUCAAAAACACCAGCGUACUCACACAGGAGAGAAACCGUAUCGCUGCUCUGACUGUGAGAAGAGUUUUAGUCGGUUAGACAACCUUGUUUCACACCAGCGAAUUCACUCUGGAGAGGAUCCGUAUUGCUGCUCUGACUGUGGGAAGAGUUUCCGUUUUAAACAAGGCCUUCAGAAACACCAGCAAAUUCACAGAGGAGAGAAACCUUAACCUUUAGCGGUCCAUUUAUUCAGCGCGUCUCAGGCGCGUUGGGUCCAAUUUAUUUUCACACGCGCAGUUUAUUUUAGAACCGCUGUUUAAAAGUAUUUUUUUCACAGUAAAACAGGUUUAAAAGGCACUGCAUAUCAACAGGACACUCAGUACUGCAUCUCCAGCCCCGCCCCACCCCUUGUUGACUAUAUUUUUCACAUACGUCUUAAUAAUAGUACAUACCGAUAAAUCAUCUCCUGAUCACUCGUUUUAUCAUAAUUUAUUUUAUUACUAUAAUAUCUAAAAAAAGCUCUGCAAAUGUCUGUGAUAUUCUUUGAGCGCUGGAUGCAGAAGCAGCUAUCUUGUUUGUGUAUGUCCGUGUUAUCUAUGUGGUGUCGGGGCGAUCUGUAUUCAUGAGAUACGUCCUUUUUUAUUUCGGCUCCUAUCGGUCUCACUCGGCCAUUGAAUGGUUUUCUCGGCUUUUUCCAGAGAAAAAACGACUAGAGACCUGUAUUUUACGUUUAAGGGGAAAUUGCGAUGUCGGACCAGGUCUGACAUAGGACCGCAAAGGGUUAAAGACUGUUCUGUCAUGAGGAAAAAAAAUGUUAACCUUGCAUUAUGAAUCUCAAACAAAAACACUUUGGAAAUGUGAAAUGCCAAGUUAUCAAAAUUGCCCAACCAUUUAAAGUAGAGAUAUCAAAAACACAAGACAAGCUUCAUGAAACCUUUGGGGCAACCUUGCUCAGCAGAAAGCAAACAGACACAACUGUAAAACCGAUGAGGUCCAAGGUUGCCCCAGUUGUUUCUUCUAACUUGUAUCAAAAACACAAGUUAACUUGGAAGAAACAAUUGGGGCAACCUUGGCCAGCACCAAGCAAACAGGCACAACUAUCAAAGAGGUGGGGGCCAAGGUUGCCCCAAUUUCACAAUUAACACGUUUCUCAGUUUUAAUUCAGAAAUCAAUUGUUUCUACUAACUUGGCUUGUGUUUUUCAGACACAGUAAAAGCCGAUCAAAUGCAUGAA